AUGGGAAAACCAAAGGCUUUACUAAAGGAUUUCAAGCCUAAGAAAAAGGCUGCGAAACAACAGCUGCCGGUUACAGCCGAUGAAUUUCUUGCUGCGGGUGUGGAAUUGGAGGAGGCCGGAGAGAAAUGGCGCGCUGGUGAUGCCGCCAAAUCCUUGCGCUUUUUUAUGCGGGCUAUUACCAACUACGAUGAGGGUCUACAGAAACAUCCCACCGCUUUUGAUCUGGCCUACAAUAAAGCGCGAGUGCAAUAUGAAAUCACUCAACAUCCAAAGCUAGCGGCACAAUUGCCUUCGCCCCAGGCUGAGAUCCUCCAGCAGGCACUACAGUCGCACCGCGAUGCCCUGCACAUGGACCAGGAUAAUCCAGAUGUCCUCUUUAACAGUGGGCAAGUGCUCAACAGUCUAGCAGAGUCUAUGUCGGACUCUAAACACCCCGCAGAGGAACAGCUUAUCCAGGCUACCACCUACCUGCAAGAGGCAAUUGAGCUUUUCCAGCGGUGUUUGAUGCUGCAAGAAAUGAAGUACACCGAGAUGCAGGAGCAGAUUGAUGAGAUGCAAUCUAUGGCUCUUGAGAACCAAGCUCCAGAGUCUGCACACCCUCCACCCCAGUCCCAGCCAGAGCCUUCAGCCGACCAGACAGACUCUAACGAUGAGCCACAAGAGCAGUGGGCUGCAAUCGUCGAGCCGGUCACCAAAAACACUCUGGUCGAUACAGCCAUCGCUCAACUUGAGACACUGACUAGCCUGUGCAAUCAGUUGACAUACAACCCGAACGCCGGCGGCGUAGGCUGGGUGCAGGAGUAUUCCUCAAAUUUGCUGGACUCUCGUCUCCCAGCCUAUGUGGAAGGUUCAGAUAGACAAUACGAGGCAGGAUUGGCCCGAGCCAAGUUCGUGUGUGCGCUGCACGACCUGCUUUACCGUGGCGGACAUACCGAUAUCCAAAGCUACCGACAGGAAGUUGCACAUUCAUUUAGUCCGGACUUGGAUGUUUCGAAUGAUCCAGAAGGAUUAUGCAACAAGGCCGAGGCACUGACAGCGCUGAACGGAGCACUUGCGGAUCUACCUCCAUAUGAUGACCCCGAAGCACUCAAGGAAUCUUUGGGUAUCCGAUGGACAUCACUUUCGACUGCUUUAGAUUCUCUGACUGCCGCAUCUAAAUUGCCCAGCGCUGAGAAUCUCCCCAAGAUCCACAUCGCUCGUGGAGAUACUGAGAUGCACCGCUGGCGACUGGGAACAGAGCCUUGGAACCACGCUGUGGCACAGCAGAACGGAGCUAUGCUCUUGCGCAAUGCACAAACAUAUUACCGAGGAGCAGCCGCUCUGGCUCGCCGAGAUGGAGCGGUUGACGAAGAGCGGGAUGGCACAUACAAAGAAGCCAUUGCGGCUGCACUGGAAGGCCAGAGGGCCAAACUGGAUCAGCUCAAGACAAGAGGUACUGAGCCAUUGAUCGCUGUGGCCCGGGAUAUGGUGGAAGAUGCGCUGGUCGACGGAACAGUUUUGAGCACCGUAAUUCAAUAA